CCUUGACCUUUCAGCGAGAGAGGGAGCGACACGAGAGGCGCGUCCCUGGCUGCAGUGUUUUCAUGUCUUAAACAACGCUCUACGAUUAGAAACGUGCACACAAUAUACCAGUGUCUUCAAGCACUUUCUAAAUUUGGAAAUAAUGUACCGAAAAAGUAUAGGAGGCAACCCCGAGGAUGAGCAGAGUGCUGUGAUCACGACAGAGGAAGUCAGGUUACACAACAAGCCGGGCGACCAGUGGCUGCUGAUCAAUGGACGAGUGUACGACAUCACUUCUUUCGCCAAACGUCAUCCUGGUGGUGCUAAGGUCAUCAGUCAUUUCGCAGGAGAGGAUGCCACCGAUGCCUGGGUGGCUUUUCAUGGCAAUAAAGAUUUUGCAUCAAAGUAUCUGAAAUCACUCUAUAUUGGAGAUGUUGCUGACUAUAAGCCAACUCCAGUUCAACAGGACUUUCGGCUUUUGCGUCAGACAGUAGAAGAUAAUGGCUGGCUUCGGCCAGACCCUGUUUUUUUCAUUACCCAUUUCCUGAGUCUUCUUUUUUUUGAUGCUAUGGCUGUUUGGAUCUUGUGGCAGUUUGGGACUGGGUGGCUGCCAUGGGUAGCAGCUAUUGUUCUCUUUGCAACAGCACAGGCACAAGCAGGAUGGACGCAGCACGACUAUGGACACCAAAGUGUCUUUAGAAGCAGCAAGAUAAACCAUCUAUUCCAUCACCUUACUGUUGGUGUCUUGAAGGGAGCAUCAUCUCACUGGUGGAAUUUUCGCCAUUCACAGCAUCAUGCUAAACCCAACAAGCUGAGAAAAGACCCUGAUGUGGAAAUGGCCUAUGUCUUUUUACUAGGCAAGGAGCUGCCUAGAGAGUGGGGUGCCAAGCAAAGGGGCAUUAUGCCCUACAGUUACCAGCACUUCUAUUUCUUUCUAUUGGGACCUCCUCUGUUACUUCCACUAUACUUCCAUUAUGAGAUCAUCUACUUCUGUAUGAAGCGCAGAGAUUAUUUGGAUCUGUUUCUGGCCAUCACAUAUCUUAUACGCAUUGGCUACACAUAUACACCAUUUUUAAGUGGAUGGGGUACCAUCAUUUUCUACUUUUUAGCCAGGGUAUUGGAGAGCCAUUGGUUUGUGUGGAUCACACAGAUGAAUCACAUACCAAAUGACAUCUGUUAUGACCAGAAAGAUGAAGACUGGUUUACCAUGCAGCUGCGUGCAACAUCUAAUGUCAAUUCCAGCCCCUUUUUUGACUGGUUUUCUGGACACCUCAACUAUCAAAUAGAGCAUCACUUGUUCCCCACAAUGCCAAGGCACAAUUAUGCCAAGGUAGCUCCCCUUGUGAAGUCACUGUGUGAGAAACAUGGAAUUGAGUAUAGGAGCAAAACAUGGUACAAGGCAUUUGCUGACAUAGUCUGGUCUCUGCGAGCAUCUGGUCAGAUCUGGUACAAGGCAUAUUAUGAAUAAAGGAUCACAAGAUGGUUUGUACACCCAGGACAUAUCUACUGAUAAAAGUCAUCGUCAGCAUUGAUAGGAUGUGUGAUUAGUGCAGGUGACUAAUGGCUAUUGAUAAUAUAGGUUAUUGAUGACAAGCUUUUUGUCAUACUCUGUCCAUCUCAGCCACCAAAAUUAUCCUUUCACACACAGACAACGGAUGCCCUCCCUCUGUGCUGCUAAGCAGUGGAACUCUCCUCCAUAUCACAUUCGCCACUCGGACUACACACACU